AUGCUGCAAAACAAGCUCGCCAUCGCUAGCGUAUCCUUGGGUCAACAUGCUUCUCACACCCUACCUUUGAAAAUUGCUGCAGCUGCGGAGGCCGGCCUCAACGGCAUCGAGAUCACAUAUCCCGAUCUCGAUGGUUAUGCCAAAGCCCUCUCUAUUCCCAUUCUCCAAGCUGCCCGCAGGAUUCGACAAAUCUGUCAAGAUGAGCGCCUGGAGAUCAUCGCUUUUGCAUCGUUCCAAAACUUCGAGGGACAAACCUCACCACUGCCGGAAAGACUCCAAAAGGCGCGAGAAUGGCUGGCCAUAGCCCACCAUCUUGGAGCCUCGCACCUUCAAGUGCCUUCCAAUUACGAUCGGGACGCCAGCGCAGACCGCGAUGUCAUCGUCUCGGAACUGCGAGAAUUGUGUGACUUGGCAAACUCCUUCAAACCGGUGAUCAAGAUCGCGUACGAGAAUCUCGGCUGGGGAACGCACUGUAGUCUAUGGGAGCACGCAUUGCAGACUUUUCAGGAAGUGGGCCGCGAAAAUUUUGGCUUGUGUCUGGAUAGCUUUCACUUUUGCGUUGCGCUAUGGGCAGAUCCGUUCAACAAAAACGGGAUACAGCCGAACGGGGACAGACAGCUUCAGGAGUCCUUGAGUGCGCUUGUCCGAAGACUACCGCUUGGAAAGCUCUUCUACCUCCAAUUGUCUGAUGGCGAACGGCUCGAUCCUCCUUACUCCUCAAGUCAUCCCUGGUACGAUCCGACACUGGAGCCUGGUCACGUCUGGUCGAACGAAGCAAGGCCCUUUCCACUGGAGACGGACUACGGCGGCUAUAUGCCGGUGAAGGAGAUCGCCCAAGCAUUCUUAAUUGAUCUGGGAUACACUGGCUGGGUCUCAAUGGAAACUUUCGACAGGCGGAUGAGGUCCGAGCAGCAAGGCCCAGUACUCAAUGCAAGACGAGCUGUCAGGUCUUGGGAGAAUCUUAGGUGGGGAUUAUCUGAAACCAACACUAAGCUGAUCUCUGGAAAGUUGUGA